AUGCACUGUGUGAGAGCCAUUAAUUCAUCCACAAAGCAGGUUUUCCGGCUCAAAGGAGAAACUCAAUUCGCAGAUAAGUGGGUUCUUCUCAUGGCUCAACCGAAAAGAAUAGAGCAAUCAAAGUUUCCAUCGUCGCUAAUAGAUCCCACGUCGCUCAUUGAAUGUGUCUACCAGAAGAAGUGCGAAUUCCACGAGCCAAUCACGCUGCCGAACAACGUUGCUCCGAGAGUCUCUUUUCGAAAACCGAAGAAGAUCAGAAGGCGUGUGGAUGAUAUCAUAUUUGUUAAUUUAUUGCAGCAAGUUCGUUUCAUCGCUGAACAUUUUCAGCACAAUGAGCGGGAAAGUGAGAUCUCUGACGACUGGACAUUUGUAGCAAUGGUAUUGGAUCGCCUAUUUUUGCUUAUAUUCUCGGUGCUUAAUGUGGGGACGAUGUUCAUCAUAUUGGAAGCCCCAUCACUCUAUGAUUAUUCCGAUGCGAUGAAUAUCACUGUGCCGAACAAACCACUUGGACAAGCAAACCUUUUUGGUAGUCACUCAUUGCGUUUGUGA